AUGUUUGCUUUAUUGGCAUUGGCAACACAAAUUAUAUCCAAUUUACAAGGAUAUACAGAUUUUUAUAAUGAUUCAAUUGUACCACCUUUAUCUAAUAAUCGUCAUCCAGGAAUAAGACAAAUUCUUAUUGAUGGUGAUAUAAUUUUAGGUGGUGUUUUUCCAGUUCAUGGAAAAUCAUCAUCAGAAAAUUAUCCAUGUGGUGAUAUAUACGAAACAAGAGGUAUACAUAGAGUUGAAGCAAUGUUAUAUGCAAUUGAUAUGAUUAAUAACCAGGCAGAUUUUUUAAGAGGCUAUAAAUUAGGAGCUCAUAUUGUAGAUUCAUGUUCAAAUCCUGCUUUUGCACUUAAUCAAAGUCUUGAUUUUGUUAGAGAAAUGAUUGGUGGAAUUGAAACAAAUGAAUAUGAAUGUGGCGAUGGUAGUACACCAAUUAUAACUAAACCACAUAAAAAAAAUGUUGCUGCUGUUGUUGGUGGAAGUUAUAGUUCUGUAACAGUACAAGUUGCUAAUCUACUUAGAUUAUUUAAAAUAGUACAAGUUUCUCCUGCUUCAACAAAUGCUGAUUUAAGUGAUAAAUCAAGAUUUGAAUUUUUUGCAAGAACUGUACCAAGUGAUACAUAUCAAGUUAGAGCAAUGAUAGAUAUAGCACUUCAUUUUAAUUGGACAUUUCUUUCAUUAGUCUAUUCAGCUGAUGAAUACGGUGAAUUAGGAGCAGGUGCAUUUAAAAAAGAAGCAAGAAAAGCUAAUAUAUGUAUUGCUAUUGAAGAAAGAAUAAGAAUUAAAAAAGAAUCAAUAAAAGAUUCUGUUGAUAAUUUAAUAAUAAAAUUAGAACCAGAUAAAGUUGUUGGUGCAUCUGUUGUUGUAUUAUUUGUAGGAACAGAAUAUAUUCCAAUAUUAAUGGCUGAAGUAUCAGCUAAAAUGGGAAUAAAUCAAGAUAAUUAUAAUGCAAAAAAAAAAAUUAUAUGGCUUGCAAGUGAAGGUUGGGAUAGGAAUAGUGAAUCAUAUACUGCUGGACAUAGAAAAUGGGCUGCACAUAGUGCUAUUGUUUUAAUGCUUGAAUCACAAAGAAUACCAUCAUUUGAAAAGUAUUAUCUUUCAUUACAUCCUGGAACUAAAAAAUUUGAAAGAAACAAAUGGUUAAGAGAAUUAUGGCGUCAUAAAUUUACUUGUGAAUUUGAUCUUCCACCUGGUGAUAAACGUGAAAGAUGUGAAAAUAAAAGGCAAACAGCUGAACAUUUUAGUCCAGAUGAUAAAAUUCAAUUUGUUAUUGAAGCAGUAUAUGCAAUAGCACAUGGAUUAAAAAAAAUGAAAGAAAGAUAUUGUGCAAAUGAUACUGUUGAAAAUACAUGGAUUAAUAGAUAUUCAAAAAAUCCAGAAUUAUGUUUAGCAUUAAGACAUAUUGAUGGUCAAGAUUUUUAUAAAAAUUAUCUUUUAAAAUUAGAAUUUAAUGAUUUAGUUGGUAAAAAAGUACAUUUUACUAAAGAAGGUGAUGGUCCAGCACAAUAUACAAUACUUAAUUAUCAACCAAGUAAUGAUAGAAAUGUUGAAUCUGAUAGAGAUGAUUAUGUUGAAGUUGGAAGAUGGGCUGAAGGUAAAUUAGAAAUACAUGAAGAAAAAAUGUUUUGGAAUAAAAAAGAAAAUAGUAUAAAUGAAGAAUAUAUUAUACCUAUAUCACAAUGUAGUAUGCCAUGUCCAGUUGGUCAUAAAAAACAACUUAUAAAACAUGAUGAAAUAUGUUGUUGGGCAUGUAGUAAAUGUGAAGAUCAUGAAUAUUUAAGUGAUGAAGCAACAUGUACAGAUUGUGGAUUAGGACGUUGGCCAAAAGAAAAUAGAUUAGAAUGUUAUGAAAUUGCAAAUGUUGAAUUAAAAUAUAUGAGAUGGAAUACAUGGUAUACAAUUGGACCUGUAAUUAUAUCAUGUAUAGGAAUAAUAUGUACAAUAUUUGUUAUUAUUUGUUAUCUUAUAUUUAGUGAAACUCCUGUUGUUAAAGCAUCAGGACGUGAAUUAAGUUAUAUACUUUUAUUUUCAUUUAUACUUUGUUAUUGUAUGACGUUUGUUCUUGUUUCAAUGCCAUCACCAUUUAUAUGUGCUUUAAAAAGGACAGGAAUUGGAUUUGCAUUUUCAUGUCUAUAUUCAGCAAUGCUUGUUAAAACAAAUAGAAUAUAUAGAAUAUUUUCAAUGGCUACUAUGUCAGCUCAAAGACCACGUUUUAUUUCACCUAUAUCACAAGUUAUAAUUACAUGUAUAUUAGCUGGAUUACAAUUAACAGGAAGUUUGAUAUGGCUUUUAUGGGUUCGACCUGGAACAAAACAUUAUUACCCAACAAGAGAUCAAGUAAUAUUAAGUUGUAAUGUUCCAGAACAUCAUUUUCUUUAUUCAUUAACUUAUGAUGCUGCUCUUCUUGUUAUGUGUACUGUUUAUGCAGUUAAAACAAGAAAAGUUCCAGAAAAUUUUAAUGAAACAAAAUUUAUUGGAUUUAGUAUGUAUACAACAUGUGUUAUAUGGAUAAGUUGGAUAUUUUUUUAUUUUGGUACAGGUGGAAAUUUUCAAGUACAAACUACAUCUUUAUGCGUUUCCAUAUCAAUGUCAGCAAAUGUAUGUCUAGUCUGUAUAUUUUCACCAAAACUUUGGGUAAUCUUUUUUGAAAGUGGUCGUGAUAACAACGGCAAACAAGAACGAGAUUAUAUAUUUAAAGGACAAAAUACAUUAAAAUAUCGAUCAAAUGUCGAUGACUUUAGUAGUGAUGUUCCAAACGCAUCAACAGCACUUUUGGGGAAGACAACAAAACGAGGAUCUAGAAAUAGUUCAUGUAGGCCCAGUUCAAGUAUAACUAGUAGUGCGCAAGAUACUUAUCUUUAA